AUUCCUUUUCCGGAAGCCGCCAUUUUGGCUCGUUAGUGACUGCCUCGUGCAAGAGCGGCGGUGAGGUGCAUACCGCGCGGGAAGAUGGGAAUGUGUGUUCAACGGUUGUGUUGUCGGUGUUACAAACAUAAUUACUUGUGACUGACACACAAGGAAUAUAUCAUAUGAAGUAUUUUUUGAUGUAGAUACUAAUAUUAUUGAUAUUCUUCAGGAAAUUACUCUCACAAAUCUGAAUAUAGGAAUGUAUUCAGUGUGAAAUUAGUGACAAAGUUCUUUAAACAGGGUGUGGAUUAGGAUUAUAGUCUUUACUAAACGAAGAUACUGAUUAGUGUAGUAUCUUGGCUGAAAAGAGGUGGCUGGGAAAGGAAUGAUUGUUCGCAGGCCAUCAAAACGGCAGAGUUUAAGCUGCUUCUGAUCUGAAAAUACAAAAUUUCUCAGUCUGAAUGGCGACUCUUGCUGAACAAGCCUCCAAACUUCUGGAUUUCAACCAGAAGCUUGACAUCAAUUUGCUGGACAACAUAGUAGGAUGCAUGUACAGUGGAACUGGAGAGCAGCAACGUAUUGCCCAGGAAGUGUUGACAACACUUAAGGAGCACCCAGAUGCUUGGACAAGGGUUGAUACUAUUCUUGAAUUUUCUAAUAACCAGCAAACCAAAUAUUAUGCACUUCAGAUAUUGGAACAAGUCAUAAAGACACGAUGGAAAGUUCUACCCAGGAACCAGUGCGAAGGAAUAAAGAAGUACAUUGUGGGUCUGAUCAUCAAAACAUCAUCAGAUGCAGAUAUAAUGGAGAGAGAGAAGGUGUAUCUGAACAAGCUAAACAUGAUUCUUGUACAGGUACUGAAGUGCGAGUGGCCGAAGAACUGGGAAUCCUUUAUUCCUGACAUUGUGGGUGCAAGCAAGACCAAUGAAAGCCUUUGUCAGAAUAAUAUGGCUAUCCUCAAGCUUCUUAGUGAAGAGGUUUUUGACUUCUCCAGUGGUCAGAUGACGCAGACUAAAGCCAAGCAUCUGAAGGAUACCAUGUGUUCAGAAUUUUCACAAAUUUUUCAGCUGUGUCAGUUUGUUAUGGACAACUCACAAAAUGCCCCACUUGUUGGUGCUACAUUGGAGACGCUGCUGCGGUUUCUCAACUGGAUUCCUUUGGGUUAUAUAUUUGAAACGAAGCUGAUAGACGCUCUGAUAUCUAAGUUCCUUUAUGUCCCUAUGUUCCGAAAUGUGACUCUGAAAUGUCUGACGGAGAUUGCUGGUGUUACUGUCACAAACUAUGAUGACAUGUUCGUAUAUAUGUUCACACAAACGAUGAAUCGGUUGGGACAGAUGCUCCCCCUGAAUACCAAUAUUCGAGAAGCAUAUGCUUGUGGACAAGACCAGGAACAGAAUUUCAUACAGAAUUUAGCAAUGUUUCUAUGCACUUAUUUGAAAGAGCAUGGUGCUUUAGUGGAGAAGAAACAGUUAAAUGAUCUUUUAAUGAAGGCGCUUCAUUACUUAGUCUUGAUCUCUGAAGUUGAUGAGGUAGAGAUCUUCAAGAUUUGUCUAGAAUAUUGGAAUGGGUUGAGUGCUGACCUGUAUCGGGAGUGCCCAUUGACUCCCCAGUCACCCCUCUGCCUGGCAAGAACCAACUCUGCCAUUCCACCACGUCGAAUGUUCUAUAGUGAUGUACUUACGAAGGUACGAUACAUCAUGAUCAGUCGAAUGGCAAAACCAGAAGAAGUUUUAGUGGUGGAAAAUGAGAAUGGUGAAGUAGUGCGAGAGUUUAUGAAGGACACUGACGCAAUCAACUUAUAUAAGAACAUGAGGGAAACACUGGUGUACCUCACUCAUCUGGACUAUGCAGACACAGAGCGGGUUAUGACAGAGAAGCUUCAGAACCAAGUCAGUGGGGCGGAGUGGUCAUGGAAGAACCUGAACACACUUUGCUGGGCCAUUGGCAGCAUAUCAGGAGCCAUGUAUGAGGAGGAUGAGAAGAGGUUCCUGGUGACUGUUAUCAAAGACUUGUUAGGCCUCUGUGAACAGAAGAAAGGAAAGGACAACAAAGCCAUAAUUGCAUCCAACAUCAUGUAUGUUGUGGGGCAGUACCCAAGGUUUCUUCGAGCACACUGGAAGUUCCUCAAGACUGUAGUUAAUAAAUUAUUUGAAUUUAUGCAUGAAACUCAUGAUGGUGUUCAAGACAUGGCAUGUGAUACAUUUAUCAAAAUAGCGCUGAAGUGCCGGAGACAUUUUGUGACAGUUCAGGUUGGAGAGGUGAUGCCAUUUAUUGAGGAAAUUCUAACAACGAUCAGUACGAUCAUCUGUGAUCUGCAGGCACAACAGGUUCAUACUUUUUAUGAAGCAGUGGGGUAUAUGAUCAGUGCACAAGUGGAUCAAGUUAUACAAGAGCAUCUCAUUGAGAAAUACAUGAUGCUACCCAAUCAGGUGUGGGAUGAUGUCAUCAGUCAAGCAUCAAAGAAUGUGGAUGUGCUGAAAGACCAGGAUGCCGUGAAACAGCUAGCUAGUAUAUUGAAGACGAAUGUGCGUGCGUGUAAAGCUCUUGGUCAUCCUUACGUUUUGCAGUUGGGUCGAAUCUAUCUGGACAUGCUGAACGUGUACAAAGUUAUGAGUGAGAACAUCAUUGCGGCAAUUGCAGUGAAUGGUGAGGGUGUCAUGAAGCAGCCACUAAUCAAGAGUAUGCGUGUUGUAAAAAAGGAAACACUUAAGCUCAUAUCUGACUGGGUCAGCAGGUCAAAUGACCAUGCCAUGGUUUUGGAAAGUUUCAUCCCUCCAUUGUUGGAUGCAGUACUGAUAGAUUAUCAACGGACUAGUGUGCCUUCAGCUCGAGAACCAGAGGUUUUAAGUGCUAUGGGGACCAUUGUUAAUAAAUUGGGAAGUCACAUCACAAGUGAAGUGCCCAAAAUCUUUGAUGCUGUCUUCGAAUGCACACUGGAAAUGAUAAAUAAGGAUUUUGAAGAAUAUCCUGAACAUAGAACAAAUUUUUUUCUGCUUUUGCAGGCUGUGAAUAACCAUUGCUUUCCAGCAUUCCUAAGUAUUCCACCAGCUCAGUUCAAGCUGGUGUUGGAUUCCAUUAUCUGGGCCUUCAAACAUACAAUGAGGAAUGUAGCAGAUACAGGUUUACAGAUCCUGUAUCAGCUCUUGCAGAAUGUGGAGCAACAUGACCAAGCUGCCCAGAGUUUCUAUCAGACUUACUUCACUGAUAUUUUGCAGCAUAUCUUCUCUGUGGUCACUGAUACAUCACACACAGCUGGUUUGACGAUGCAUGCUACGAUCCUGGCGUACAUGUUUAGUCUGGUGGAGUUGGGGCGUAUUACUGUGCCCUUGGGUCCAGCCCAUGACAACACAUUGUACGUCCAAGAGUUUGUGGCAAGUCUUCUGCGGACAGCAUUCCCACAUCUCACUGACAACCAGAUCAAGAUUACAGUCCAGGGACUCUUCAACCUUGAUCAAGACAUCCCUGCCUUCAAGGAACAUUUACGUGACUUCCUUGUUCAGAUCAGGGAAUAUACAGGCGAAGAUGACUCUGAUCUGUACUUGGAUGAGCGUGAGACAGCAUUACGACAGGCGCAAGAGGAGAAACGCCGUAUCCAGAUGUCUGUUCCUGGUAUCCUGAAUCCUCAUGAAAUGCCUGAGGAAAUGCAGGAUUGAAUCAGGAAUUGGCUUGCUGGUCGGCAGCCAUUCCAGUGGUAAAAAUCAGUCACCUAGCUACCUGGAUUUAUGCAAAUCUCUACCAGAUUUCUAGAGUGAUCUACUUGUAAUCAACGACUGGAUAGGACUGAAGAAUUUGAAUAUGUAUCCUGUGUGUAGUUGGUAUUGAUAUUUAGCUGGGAUUUUGUAAGGAACAGGCCAAAAUACAAAACUUUUUAUAAGUUUGUAUGGUAAAUAAUUUGUAUACUAGAGCCUACUGACAUGUGAACUGCAGCUGAUCGAUAUGUUUCUCGGUACUCACCCAUUGUAAGUCACAGGACCAUUUCAAAGGUUGCACUGGAAAUUCUUCCAAGAUAAUGCCAAUAGUGUAUUGCCUGUUUCUAGUGAGACAUAAGAGAGCUGUAAGUUAUUUUAAGUCUUUUUUUUUUUCCUCCCCCCAGUGGGAGAGAUUCAGGAAUGAGCUUGAAUUGCUCGUAUGCUGCAUGAAUAGAAAUUCAGUUCCCGAUGCAGCUUCUGUUAGGGAAUGUUCAGUGCAGUUUGAUUAUGCUCAUCCUUUUUUUCCCUUCCAUAUAGGGCAUCGUGUUCAAGCAGUGGUAAUUUGGCAUGAAGUAUCGAAGAGCGAGACUUCUCAUUUAGCGUAUGCUGUUACUGGAUUCUCUCUAUGUUGAAUUCAGCUGUAAUCUGAGUAAGCAAGCAACCAACCAAAAGGUACCUGAAAACGUAACUUUUUUAUAACAAUGCUGUGUGGAGGUGCCGAGCGAGCAAAUGCUGAAUUGAAAGGAAGAAAACUUUUAUUCUCUCAUGUUACUGUUUCGUGUUCUUGCUGUCUAGUGCCCUCUGUGAGGAGCAGCGUUCCGUUGGUGUGAUGUGGUUCAUAUGAGCCUCAGUUGUGUGCAUGUGUACGAGAGCAGAAGAGAGGUGGAUGGAAACGUGGAAUGUGUGAGUAAAGAGAGGAGGAUGAAUGAGCCUGCAUAGCAACAAGCAGGGUGGACUAUCGGGAGGCUGCGUUGUGACCGUGUGUACUGUAAUGAAAAUGUUUUCUAAACUCUGUAAUUAUAUUAGCAAUUAUUAUUAUUAUUAUCAUCAUCAUCGUCAUCAUUGUCAUCAUCAUCAUCAGAUACGUGUUUGAUGAAUCCUGAACCUAUCCCUAUGUCCUACAUGUCUGCACUAAACCAUUUACCUGUUUUUAGAUAAGUUAACUGUGGCAGUUCAGAUCAGUUCCAUGUUUGUGGUAUGAGUCAGGGCUUAUGUUUAUGCAACUUGGCAUUUCUUUGUUACUUUUUUAAGAAUCCACUUAAUGUGUUUUGGUGGAUUCUUUCUCAUAAGUUAUUGCAGCUGGUGUUAUGAUGUCUUAUAGCUUUUUCCUUUAUGAAACAGUUGAGAACUGUACACUGUAUAUUUGUAGCGCUGUAAAAACUUGUUGAAUGCUGUGUCAUUCCGUUGUGGCUAGUAUGAAAGAUCAGUGAUGACAGUUAAUCGUCAUCUGUAGUGCGUGCCCGUCUGCUUGUGUAUGUGUUUUGUGCUUGCAUUUGUAAUUGGUUGUCAGGAAUUUAUUUUUCAAAUAUUUUUAAGUUUUAUCAUUUUCAUCCAACUCACAAAGACCAAAUACCAUUAGCAGAUUCUGGCCAUUCUCCCAUCUCAUGUAUAUUAAUUGAAUUUUGGUUUGAUAUUUUGUGGUUAUGUGGUACAGAUGAGAGACUUGUGCUUGUUACAUAUUUAAAUGAAGUAGCUGAUCCCAGCCUUACCCCCUGUAUAGUGAAAAUGCCCAUCAAGUGUUGUAAAGCUUCUUGCUUGAAGGAUUGGUGUGACUGGUGCCAUUGAUUGCUCCAGUGUGAAGGGCUUUCUUGUUUUUAGUCUCUAACAAAAAUUAAUUUAAAUUGGGAUUAACUGAAACGGUACUGUUGAAAGAGUUUUUGUAGUAACUUAAAUUGGAAAUGAAAGAUUCUUGUUAACUUGUGAUGACACUAGAUAACCAUGCAGCACAUGUUAAUGUAUGUUGUGGGCUUAGGGAUGCUGGAAACUCUCUGGCUGCUGUUCUGAGAAGAAGGGAGCUGGCUUUUGAGAACUUGCAUGUAUAAUGUAGGUUACUCAUUGUAAGAAGUUAAUAAAAUAUUUUACAAAUAAGACUGUUAUUAGGUUAGGAACUUGGAUUCUUUGAGGAAUGGAUAUCAUGAGAGGUAUAAAAUUGUAAGAUGGACACAGAAUACUUCUGUAAUGGUCGCAUGUAACAUGUGAAAAUCUGGUGUAUUUGUCCAUAUGGAGAAGUAUACAGCAUGAAUGAAUCUCAGUUGCUCUUGUGUUAAGUGUGUACUUAAAUUCAACUGCUCCUGGACCAUCAUUUUCUGCGAAUUCUAUGUUCAGUUGCUGAGUAACGUUUGUGAUACCCAGGUCUGAUGGGUAUGUGUGGGGUCUGUUCAGUGAUUACUAUUAACAUCUGAGGGCGUUUUACCCUCAUAUUUAUUACUGCAACAUACAUAUCAGCAGGACAAGAUUAACAGACAAAACCUCUGUUUCUUCAUGUAAUCACCAGAUCAGUUGUGGCAUUUGUCCCAGCAUUACACGACCUGUUUUUUUACA